AUGGAUCUCCUCGAAGGUCUAGACGCCAGCUUACAGGACUUCGAUCUCCCACCAAGUCCAUCACUGCCACAGCACUCAGCUCAUCGCAGCGAAGCAGCAAUGACAGAAGGGGAUCUCGAGGAGUCGGAGACCGCUUCCGCGGGUGGUUACUCUCCACCGGCGUGGCGAAGGCUGGGAAACGGAGACCGGAGUAGUGGCUUCUGGAGAGCUCCUCAGCAGGACUUUACGCACCGAGGGAUGAGCACGCUCAGAGAGAGCUCCCCUGAGCUAGAUGACAGUGAGGACGAUGGCGUCCUGGAGAGAGCCAUUCGGACGAGGCUACCCAGGGGGAGCCAGAGUCCAGGCAAAGGCAGGAGUAUGAGCCCUGACAAAACGGAUGAUCCCACAAUCCAGUUUCAGCUCCACGAGAAGACAAGCCCUUCAAGAGAGCUCAGCUUACACGAAGCGACGUCAGAUAACUACAUCCGCUUUGCCGUCCGUGCCGAAGUUCAGCAUCGCACUGAACCCAUUGAGACAGCUAUCAACUUCAUUAGUGAUCACUACAAAGCUCUUACUAGGACAUGGUCAACAACUUUCGCCACCAUCAUCAUUGCCUUCUUCUCUGUCUCUGUCUUCAAAUCUCUCUUACAGCCCGCUGCCCCACGUCCUGUUGGCGAUCUUGUGAAAGUUGCAGGACUAGCUCGCUCAUUCGAACCCCUCAUAUAUUACUCCGAGCAUGCUGUUUCCCAAGUACAUGAUCUACAGGCGACAAGCGUUGCUGUCUGGGAUCUCGGUGAGAGUGUACGUACAAGUGAUAUGCGCGAUGCUCCUAGAAUCGUGGCAGACCUAGAUGCUCUCAGUGAGACUAUGAAGACGUUGGCCAUUGAGAUGACCAAAUUCUUUGCUAGAGUCGAUGGUGACAUUGAUGGCAUCCUCAACGUCAUGGAUUGGGCCAAAAUGCACCUCAACCGCCUCAAAUCAUCCCCUUCCCCUUCAACUAUCUCCUCAGCCUACGACAACAUUCACAAUCUUCUCUCACAAGCACAUGUCCUUGAGGAUGCCUCCGGCUCUCCUACCACUCUUGGUCGCUUGACCAGCCACAUAUUUGGCCUCUCAAAUCCGCAAAGGGAGCAACGCAUGGUGCAGCUCCUCUUCACCGAGUUUCUUUCUGUCCUUGAAGACUCCAUCCAAGCUGAGCUACAACAUAGCGUCACCCUAUUCGCCCUUUUCGAAGCUGUGGAUCAUCACUUCCUGAAUCUUGCUCGCACUGUUGUUCGCGAAUCGUCUGCUCAGGAAGAACUUCAUGCCGAUAUGCUUUCGAGCCUCUGGACGCGGCUCCUUGGAACAAGAGCGGCUGAAUUACGUAAAUUUGAACAGAAUCGUCUGCUAUUACGCGACGUCCGGGAGAAGACAGUGCGCAAUAAAGGCAUUCUUGUUGAACACAACGGCAAACUUUUAACUUUAAAAGCGUCUCUAGAAACUCUUCGCAGCAAACUCGUCUCGCCUCUUGUUCGCGGCGUCAACUCUACGACACUCACAUUGGAGGAUCAAAUUCGUGGUCUCAGCGAUGUGAGCGAUUACCUCGGUGAUGUCAGGAAACAGCAGAAGGGUAAAGUCAUGGAGACUCUGUUUGGUAGCGUACCCAGCAAAAAGUAUGCAAUCGAAGACAGGCCUGGCACUGUUGUCGUAAAUCCCCUCUAA